UUUGCCCUUUGCGGGAGAUGAGAUUCAGCCUCCGCAAACACGCCGCGAGUCGACCAGGGACGGGGGAGGAAACUUUGUGAGCACGCUGAAAUCUGCUGGAAAUUCAGGAUUAUCCGCGGGUCAUGGACGGUUUCGUCUAGUGUAGUUUGCAGAUUCCCGGUUGUGCGCCUGCAGCAGAGCGGACCGCGCAGUGCGACUCCAGGCGGCUCUGAAGGAAACCAUAUCUGGUCAAAGUAUUCGUUGCUGUCACCCAGCGGGACCGUCCGGCUAUAAAUAGCGCUGGAGGAGGUCUCUCUCUUUCCCAGGAGCGCUACGGCCACUUGGCUGCCUUUGCUGUUAUUUUACCCCUGAGCUGGGGGGUCAGUGAGAUAUAGAUUUUUUUUCUCAUACCCCAGGGUCUUGCAGGGUCCUGAUCUACAUUUUGUCUUUCUCGUUUGGAGGGGUUAUUGAGGUGUGCUGUCCAUCAUGUCGGUGUUGAAGAAGGAGAUGGAGAAGUACAGGGACAUAGACGAGGACGAGCUGCUAAAGAAACUGUCAGAGGAAGAACUGCAGCGAUUAGAGGAUGAAUUAGAGGAGCUGGAUCCGGAUAACGCGUUGUUGCCAGCUGGGAUGCGGCAGAAGGACCAGACAAAGAAAGCUCCAACAGGAGAGUUUCAGAGAGACAACCUGCUGGCCCAUCUGGAAAAACAGGCCAAAGAACAUCCUGACAAAGAAGACCUGGUGCCCUUCACAGGAGAGAAGAGAGGGAAAGCCUUUGUGCCUAAGAAGAGGGUGGACCCCAUCAUAGAGAGUGUGACUUUGGAGCCGGAGCUAGAAGAAGCCCUGGCUAGCGCUUCUGAUGCUGAGCUCUGUGACAUCGCAGCCAUCCUGGGUAUGCACACCCUGAUGAGUAACCAGCAGUACUAUGAAGCCCUGGCCAGCAGCACCAUAGUCAACAAGCAAGGCCUCAACAGUGUGAUCCAGUGCACCCAGUAUAAACCAGUCCCUGAUGAAGAGCCCAACUCCACUGACGUAGAAGAGACCCUGUUGAGAAUGAAGAGGAACGACCCAAACCUGGUUGAGGUCAACCUCAACAACAUCAGGAACAUCCCCAUCAAGACUCUGAAAGCGUAUGCUGAGGCCCUGAUGAAGAACACUGUGGUGGAGAGGUUUAGUAUUGUAGGAACCCGAAGCAACGACCCAGUAGCAUUUGCGCUGGCAGAGAUGUUGAAGGUGAACACGACGCUGAAGAGCCUGAACGUUGAGUCCAACUUCAUAACCGGGACUGGAAUCCUUGCCCUUAUAGAGUCACUGCAGAAUAACGCCACACUACAGGAGCUCAAGAUAGACAAUCAGAGCCAGCCGUUAGGCAACAAGGUGGAGAUGGAGAUAGCCAGCAUGCUGGAGAAAAACACCACACUGCUGAAGUUUGGAUAUCAUUUCACCCAGCAGGGCCCUCGCCUCCGAGGCUCCAAUGCCAUGAUGAACAACAAUGACCUGGCCCGGGUCGUCAGGUCAGAGUCGGACGGCUCCUUCACCCUCACUCUGUCUGUCCCUGAGCUGGAGAGGGCCUUCGGGAAAAAGUUCAAGUCCAAGACAAAUAAGAAAGAGAAGGCUUGAGGGAGGACCCAUCUUCCCCAAGUGUCGGACGAAUGUGUAGAAACCAGGGCUUCCCUCAAUCCUCUGUUCCACUUCGACCCCUACCAUCUUUCCAACACCCGCCUUGUAAUCUUCUUCAGCCUCGCACCCUCCGAUGGCCUACCCAGAAGACCAUGCCCACCACGUCAGGUUCAAUUGUUUGGGGUUCAGAGACUCUCUGAACCCCAAACACUUUCUUUUUAAAGUAGAUAUUAAAGGAUCCAAUGGGAUGAAUCAGCAUCGCCUUCUGAGCUUUCAGUGCAUGCAAAAGGUGAGAUUGUGUACUUAUUUUUUGUGCUCUGAAGUUUGAAUUUAGUCUUGGGUUCCAGGCUUGAAAUAACUAACCAGGCAAGGCCUACUUUGUCAUCAUGACACCUUGAAUAUUAAUAAGUGUCUGGAUUACUUAAUAACAGGGGCUGGAGGUCUGAUUUUGAGUAAUGAAUCCCUGGUUCUACUGUUGAGUUGAAUGAAAUCUAAUUAUUAUUAUUAUGCUGUAAAUGAGUUGUGCUGUCAUUACUGCUGUUCCCAAAAGUUUCUGAUGUAGCUCCAAGGUCGACACCAAAGCCAAUGUCCUAUUUUAAUUUAGACCUAAAAAAAAUCCGUAAUGUUAGACUUUGAUCUAAUCAUGAAAAUCUGAUGUUAUGGUGUUUUUCCUAUUCGGUCUAAACAGUAUUAUACAUAAAGAUUCUUCAGUAAUGGACAGAUAGAUUUGUAAACCUGGCUACUGUGAGAUUUGUCGCCAUAUACAGAGUAUAUUUAUUUGUGCCAGACCUGGGAAAGAGUCAGAAGCCAUUCAUAUACUUGACAUAACUUUUCUUAAUUGUGCUGGAUGGUGUAAUAACCUGUGUAAAAAUGUUUCUGUAAAUGAAAAUGUACACUAUAAUUACACUUUACAUUGCUACAUUAUCCAGCUUUUAUUAUUACCCUUCCCCGCAGAGCAGUCCUGCUAGCUUGGAAUGUCAACUUCCAAUUCAAGUUUUAUUUACUGAAAUUAGAUAUUCUAUGUAAAAUCUCCUUUGAGCAUCAUCUUGUUAUAAAUACUUUAUUGUCUUCAACUCACUAUGCAAGUCAGACCAGAAAUAACCCUAAGUAACUCUAAGUAUUUGAAUGUACUACACUUUCAACCAGGUCUGGUUUGUUGAUUGUUUGUGUUAGUUUAUUUUUAUUUACUGGAGCUAAAACAUGUGGUUUAACAUGAAAUGGGUGGUACUGUUGAGUGACUGUUUAUUACAGGUUUUGACAUUAACGCCUCACUCCAGGUUUGGAGUAUUUCAGUAAUGACUGGUAGACACAGAUUUAAAAACACAGGAAACCUCUAAUGUCUUUACAGCUGUCAGAUCCACACAGAUCCAUUUUAUUUAAAUAAAACAAAUGUUAACAGACUAUUUGCAGUUUCAAAAUGCUUGUUGGCUGUGACGGGUCAUAAAUCACCCACUGAACAUCUGAAAUAUGGUAUCGCACUCUGAUCCUGGACUGGUCUUUUAAGACUUCAGGGUGGUAAAGGUAAUUCUCAUCAAGGUCAGACUGUGAAUGAAUGCUUAUGUCCUUGUUGCCAGUUCAAACUUCACAACUACGUAAUGAUAAAAACUGCUGUUUAUUUCGCAGCACUUAAUGGGAUUUCUUCUGAUAUUAAAGUUAACAGCACAAUAAGAAAAAGAAGGGUUAGCAGUUAUCUAACCAGGAACUAGAGCCAAUUAUGUUGCUGUCUGAAAAGAACAGCUCCAGUAAAAAUCAUUAGAAAUGGUCUGCAUUCUUGUGUGAAUGGCUCAAGGUCUGUAUUUACUGCUUAAAGAAAAUGGGUAAAACCUACCAGUUGCAGACUCGCAGGUAAAACUAACUUUAGUGUACCAUCCAUGUUUCCUUGAUGUUGAGAUAAAAAUGACAGCAUGUUUAAGGGUUAGAUAACCCAUUUAAUGUUAUUUAUCACUGCUUUGUUACUUUCUUCUUAGUGCUAUGGGUGUUGCUCAGCAGAAGGUGAUUAUGGAUGUAAACAUUUGUAAAACAAUAAGGAAUAGAAUGCUAAAGGUAAAAGAGGACGAGGACUACUGCCAAUCACAGUCAUCGUGUGUCCUGUACUUUUCUUCUGUCUUGUAAUUUCUGAUAUUUUAGUGCUUGAAUCUUUGUUUUGUUAGAUAGUACACCCCUUUUUUUUGGUUGAAUUUUUGUUUAUGAAAUAAAUCAAGCUUGAAAACAA